CUCAAUACACUACAGAAAAAGUCUCUCGUAACUUCUAUACGCGUCUUACAAUUGGAAAAGUUAAAAAAUGAAGAUUUUCAUGUGGUUUUUUAUGUACCUGCUAGCCGUAACUUAUGCAAAAACAGCUAAGCCUGAAGGAAUAGACAUUCUAUGUGAAAACUUAAACAAGUGUAAAAAUAAAAUUCCGAAAUACGGAAAUUUACACAUUGACAAAAUGUAUGUUGAUCAAUGGCAUUGUGCAUUGAAAAAAGUUGACGUAAUUAAUAAGGAAAAUAUAAUAAUCAGAAAAAAAGCUAUUGACUAUUGCGAGGCUGUUAUGCCUAAACAGCACGUGGAGUCUUGCCAGAAAAUCGUUAUAGAGUGUAUAGAUGAAGGAUAUAAGGAACUAGUAUGUGGUGAGGAAAAGUGUCUAUCCAAUCUAAGGAAAAGCCUCUAUCAGGUAGCAUGUACUAUUAUAUAUGGUGUUACAAGAUACAUUGACUGUAAUAAAUGCAACGUAACAGAGGAAAACGCAUAAAAGAUAUUAUUUGUCGAAAAUGCCACUAAUUUGAUAAUUUUUAUUUUAUGCCAAUAUUGUAUAUGAAAUAAUUAUCUGUACACUUAUAACUAACUCUGUAAUUAUCGUAAUUAUUAAAUUGGAAUCAAUAUGUUGCACUAACAAUAAAAUAUAU